CCGUGGGUGUUUUCCAUGGAUUUUACCGGGUCACUCUACCCUCCUAUUGGUGGUCGCCAUCAUCUGCUCGACAACUGCCACUACAAUCACUUCUACAACACUUCUGAGUGGUGUCGUUGCGUUACGUGCGUGCAGCAAAGAUCUUUCUUUCCUUCAGACCUUGGGCUGCAAAACAGGAUGGCAGGUUGGACCGUGGGCAAAAAGGUUCUGGCUACGGCCCUAGGCAUGGGCGCCACUGGAGGAGCGGGUCUGUACGUGGCUCUGGAUGAGUCGGUCAAGGCGGAUUUGACCUUGCACCCACCCAAGUUGCCGUGGUCGCACAAAGGUCCGAUUGACUCGUUUGACCAUGCUUCCAUUCGUCGGGGGUACCAAGUGUACAAACAGGUGUGUGCCGCUUGCCACAGCCUGAAAUACAUCCCCUACCGUCAUUUUGUGGACGUGUUCAUGACGGAGGACGAGGCCAAAGAGGAGGCAGCCGAGGUUAUGGUCCGUGACGGCCCCAAUGACAUAGGCGAGAUGUUCGAUCGACCCGGCAAAUUGACCGACUAUCUACCCAUGCCGUUCCCCAAUUCCGCUGCUGCGGCCUACGCCAAUAACGGCGCUGUACCUCCAGAUCUAAGUUUGAUGGUGUUGGCCCGUCACGGUGGCGAGGACUACCUCUACCACCUUCUCAAUGGCUACUGCGACCCUCCCGAGGGCGUGGAGCUGGGUGAGGGUCAACAUUUCAACCCGUACUUCCCGGGUGGCGCCAUUGGCAUGGCCCCGCCCUUGUACACGGACAUCAUCGAGUAUGAGGAUGGCACACCCGCCACCCAAUCCCAAUUGGCCAAGGAUGUGAUCACAUUCCUGUCCUGGACCGCCAUGCCCGAGCAUGACGAGCGCAAGAAGUUCGGCAUGAAGGCCAUGUUGGUCCUCAUCCCCUUCACGGCUCUUUGUUACUACAAGAAGCGACAGUACUGGAGCUUGCUCAAGAGCGGCAAGUACGUGUACAACCCCAAGAAGUACUGAUCACGUGAUUGAACAUGAACGCUAGAGCCUCGUCGCCAUGCCCAUUCCCCUAGGCCGCAUUCAGCAAUGGAAGCCCAGGGGGUGGGAGUAGUUUUGUCACACCCAAAAUACAUGUAUGUGUAUAUACAUUUAAAGUUGAACCACACCAACCAACCAGAGGAACAAACAUCGUGGUCUAUUUCUGAAAUCUUGUUUGCUAAGUACCUUGCAAAUAAAACUAUGAAUUAUC